GCGGGGCAGAGAGAGAGAGAGGGAAAGAGGAGAGAGGAGAAGAGAAGGAGAAGAGGGAGUGAGCAGUGGCACAGGGGCUGGUCCAUUGUUCUGAGAUGCUGCAUAUCCCUGUGCUGACCUUUGUGACCCUGAGCUUGGCCUUAUUAAGCAGGCAGACUCUGGGGGCUCAGUAUGGGGACUGGGACGAGCUCCAGCCCACCAUUCAGAAGCUUAUGAAGGGUUAUAACCGUUACCUGAGACCUGACUUUAAUGGGAGUCCUGUGGAAAUUGGAAUGAGCCUGGAUAUUGCCAGCAUUGAUGCCAUCUCCGAAAUCAACAUGGACUACACAGCGACCAUCUUCCUGCGGCAGCGUUGGCGAGAUUCCCGGCUGGUGUUCCCGGGGAAUGAGAGCGUGAGUGUGGAUGGCCGGCUCGUCUCCCUGCUGUGGAUUCCCGACACCUUCAUCCCAGACUCCAAACGCUCCUUCCUGCACGACGUCACCGUAGAAAACCGGCUCAUCCGGAUCUUCAGCAACGGCAGUGUGCUCUACGCUCUCCGAAUCACAGCCACCAUCGCCUGUAACAUGGACCUGACCAAAUACCCAAUGGAUCGACAGGUGUGCACUCUACAGCUGGAGAGCUGGGGGUAUAACCUACAGGAUGUGGUGUUUUACUGGGCCAGAGGGAAUGACUCAGUGAGGGGGCUGGACACACUGAGACUGGCCCAGUACAGUGUGGAGAGCUACUACACCUCUGUGACCCAGGCUGUCUAUGAGACAGGUCUGUACCCAAAGCUGGUGCUACACUUCGCCCUGCGCAGAAACGUGCUGUUCUUCAUCCUGGAGACCUACGUUCCGUCCAUCCUGCUGGUGGUGCUGUCCUGGGUGUCCUUCUGGAUCAGCCAAUCAUCUGUCCCCGCUCGGACCUGCAUCGGUGUAACCACUGUUCUGACGAUGACCACUCUAAUGAUGGGGGCGCGCACCUCACUGCCCAACGCUAACUGCUUCAUUAAGGCCAUCGAUGUGUACCUGGGGAUCUGCUUCUCCUUCGUCUUCGGGGCCCUGCUGGAGUACGCCAUCGCACACUUCUGCAGCGUGCAGCACCAAACCAUCGCAGACCUGCAGAGAGACCUGCGGAAGGAGGAGGCCGAGGGGAACGGUGCCAGGCCGGCGCUUAGCUCCACCCACUCCAGUCAGCUGAUGCCUUUAGACCACGCCCAGCAGGAGGAAGGGGGCCAAUCGGCGGAUGGCGAAGGCGGGGCCGUGGGCGGGGCGCAGGGGAAGGGGCGGGGCCUGGGCUCGGUUAGAGAGGCUUUGCGUAAGGCUGCAGCAGCAUUCAGCGUGCAGAACCCCCACAACAUCGACCGGCACGCCAGAACCAUCUUCCCCCUCUCCUUCCUCAUCAUCAACAUCCUCUACUGGCUGUACUACCUCUUCCUCUGAGAAUCACUCCAUCAAUCCGUCCUCCAUCCCUCUAUCUCACUAUCACUCCAUCACUCCAUCCCUCUAUCCCUCUACCUCACUAUCACUCCAUCUCUCCAUCCCUUUACCCCUCUAUCCCUCCAUCUCUCCAUCCCUCUCUCACUAUCACUCCAUCUCUCCAUCACCCUAUCACUCCUUCACAAAAACACAGAUGUACAUAAUAACAUGGUUAUUGAUGUAGCAGUGCUGGUUUGGACUAUACCUGAUAUAAUGGCCUUCAUAUUGUGUAGACUUUAAUACAUCACCUGUGUACAGUUAUAUUACUCAAUAUUUGACAUUCUCAUUUUCUAUGGUCUUGUUGAAUAUAAAUAAUGAAAAAUCAUAUAUUUGUCUGUACUCAAUUUGCCUGUGCUUGUUUGUCAUUAUGUUACAUUAAAUAUUGUUAUGGGUAUAA